GUGUGAACGCAGACAAGGGUGUUGUGGACGCAUAUCAACACAUGGCCCCCAUGGUCGACGCAGUCACCUACAUGCAAUGGCUUUACAAACAGUGUCAUGAUGAUGGCUGUCGCUUUGUACAUGAUGAGAUUCAUGGAUUGCUGAGGGAUCAGGCAGAAGACUUGAAAAAGAAAUACAAAACUCAGUUAAUCUUUAACUGCUUUGGAAACAAUGCAAAAGAACUGGCAGGAGAUGAAGAUGUUUACCCUCUGAGAGGGGUGAUUCUUAAAGUAAAAAACGACGGAAAUUUGAUGUCUAAACUCAACCACCCCAUGUGCGUCUCUGUAAUCAAGGAGUUUGAUGAGUCAGGCGACGGCAAACUGUGGCUGGGUGGAAUGGUUCAACCUCAUCAGUGGGAGAGAGAUCUGACGCUCGACUAUCCAGCAAUCAGAAGAAUGUUUGAGAAAGUAAAGCAGUUCUACCCACCCCUCCGUAACUAUGGUGACGAUGAUGUAGAACAAGUGUUGGUAUGCCUGCGUCCUGCUCGCAAAGCCAAUGCUCGUUUUGAGUGGGAUCCUGCGUGUCCUUCUCUUUUGGACGACUAUGGGAAUGGGGGCUCGAGUGUGACUUUCUCGUGGGGCUGUGCUAUAGAAACGAGCGCUAUG